UCCCCGGCCGGCUCCAAGUAGAAACUAACUUUUCUGUAUUGUCUCGGGUUUGUGGUAAUAUGGUCUUUGUUUCCUAUUUCCUUGUGUGCUAUAUUUACUUACUUUGAGGUCUGAGCAACGUAUGUGAUGUUAGCUAAUAUUUGUUUAUUUAUUUCUUUCUUAUUAUUUAUGCCAUGCGUAAAAAAUACUUGGCAUGCGAACUGCUAAAUACUAUGUCUUACAAAGCCUGCUUAAGCUUUAUCCAAGAUAUUUAAAAAAUGGUAACAGUGAUAUUCUUAACUGUUAUUUUGAACUAGUUUUACGAAAUACUCGCUUCCAUCUGACGACGAUAAACAACUUUUUUCAGUGUAUUCCAGGAAGCGGUUGUAAGCCCGCGUUUUUUACCCAAAAAAUCUUAUAUUUUGGCAAAGAUUUAUCACAUAAGUCCUAUUUUUUACUACCUUUUGUCUAUUCCUGCUGUAUUUUGUACUAAAUGUUUUAUAAUACAAAUUUUUUGGUGGUGUAUUCGUGUUUAUAAAGCCAUAUCAUUGUGAAACUCAAUAACAUUGCGAGUGUUUUUGUGAUGGCCCCAGUGAAAUUUGGUUUAUUCAAGACUAGAAGCCGGGACCACCAGGAGCAACCCUCUACCGAGAACCUUCUCCAGAACAGCAGCAGCACUGACAAUGUGACGUCACCCGGCUCCCCAUCUGCGAGAAAACGGCAUCCUGAAGAACUUACUGAUGAUGUUGCAGCGUUGCAGCUCGAAACCGGGGAAUACUACGAGGACUCACAAACUGCUAAAGCAACGAGAAGAACGAGUGUGGAGAGCAAUGAAGAAGUACAGCAACAAACUACAACAAACUACACGCUCCUCAAAAACCAAUCAUCGACAGACGCAACUUCCACGUCCACUUUACACAACGACGACGAUUUCGAAGCGAUACAAAACCUUGACGAUCUGGAAUCGACCAGAACCCUGGAAAUCGACAACGACGGGGCGUCGACGUCUUGUGACGCGAAUUCACUGCAGUUUGACGAGGCGUCCAUCGCGCCUAGUGAAGACAUCUCUAUCUAUUGUGGAACGUUGAAAAAACCCAAGAAAAGCAGAAGUAAAGAGGAGCAGCAGUUGAGGGAUUUUGACAUGUGGCAAGCUAGUAACAUCGAAGUUAUGCAGAAUCUGCUUAGCCGAAGUGGGACCCUGGAUGAGCAAAUCAAAUGGGAAGCGAUAGCUACAGCUCGCGGUCUCUGCACAUUGAAGGACAACUGCACCUGCGGAGAUUGCGGCCGCGCUAAGUUUCUUGCAGGGAUGAACGACGGUGAUGGUGGCAUGGGGGCCAUGGCACCGGUUGCCAUUAGUGCUGGGUGUUGUGUACAGUGAGGCGCCGACGCUUAUUGACUUUGAGAAAGCUAUAAAAGUUAUCAGUGGGUACUAAUUCCAAACAACGUUGACAACGUUUUUAUGCGCUGGCAGAUGACGGAAUUAUUUGCGUGAGACAUCGUUGACACUCACUCGAAUCGUAAUCUUCAAAACACGGAAACGUGGAUUUUAUUGGCUUCUUCAAUUCUUAUGGUUAAUAAAUUCG